ACAAACUGCUGCGGGUCCAGGAAGUUGAAAGACCACUGCGGUUUGAAAGGGAUAAAACAAGGGUUCUUUAAACCUGCACGAAACGCAUAAACAUAUCAUUAGGGGUUGCUCGUAUCUGGAAAACUUUUUUGGACGCACGGAAGGAAGUUACUGUAGAACGUUUCUUCUUUUAAAUUGAUUCUCACACCUUGCUAUCAAUAUGGACUCCUCUCCUGUCCUUCGUCCGCAAAUUCACAAAAAAAUCUGCAGUGAGUUGAUGAGAACAAAAAAUGAAAAUAACAAAAUGCCUGCGCACCCAAAGCCUUCCAAGCUCUUCUCUGCACAUCACCUUUCCAACCAUAAUAUUGAAAAUCAGGAUCCAGGAAAAUCUGAAUUUGGAAGGAAGGCACCGUUACGACCAGGUAUUAGUAGGAUCCCAGUGCGUGCAAAGUCCCUUCAUCUUCCGACUGCGUCCGACUUCAGUCAGUCUCAUUAUAAGUGGGAGGACAAUCCUCUUACUGGAAAAACUAGGAAGAAAAAGCCUUGCACCAGGCCUGUACCUUUCAACUUUUCUCAGCCCAAGAGCUCAAGACUGGGCCGGGAAAAUCAAAAGCCCUUCACUGUGUCACAAUCAAGAACUGGCACAAAUGCUGAUAACAUUGUAUUCAAUUCUCAUCUUAAAACACAAAAUGUAAUUGCAAAACCUAAUAAACAUCCGGCUGCCUUAAUGUGCAAUAUAGAUUCAAGUAAAGGAACAGGGACAUUUAGAGGAAAGGUGACGGAUAACGCAUUACAGACAUCUGCCACUUUAUUCAAGCCUCAAUCAUCUAUUCCUAAUAACGCUGUGCAUCAGAGCAGAGAGGCUUCUCCUGCUGGGCCUGCUGAUAGUGCAGAGGCCUGUUCAGAUAACAUGAGCCUGCUCAGUCUCAAAGAUCCAUCCAAGACAUCCAAUGCUACACAGAAGUUGAAGCUGACCACGCACAAGGAUUUAUCCAAAAUUUCCACCGACCAAGGGGACAACUUCCAGUUGGAUCAUGCUGCUUUGCUCAGUAUCCUCCGUAAUGAAGGACUAAAUGCCACAGGUCUGGCAUCUACAACGCCAUACUCAAAACCUUAUAACAAUCUGCCCCAGCGAGUGUCUAUCAUGAGUCAACAAAAAGCUGGAUCCAUUUCAGGUCUUAUGAAAUCUGUGCACUUCUCCCCAGACUCCGUUGCCCUGCAAAGUAUCCUGCAGAACAAAGGAGUGAAGGCUGGAGGGCCUGUGGGGGACACACACAGACUCUCUGUCUGUUCAAGCAGGGGCACGCCAAUCCUAAAAGCUCAGAGAGUGCCAGUUAAAAAGAAUCGUGUAGAGGCAACCGAGGGACCAGUAGCACUCAAGACACCUCAGAGGGUCCCCCACUCCACACAUCAGCCCAUGUCUGCUAUGAGAGUGCCAGUUAAAAAGAAUCGUCUAGAGUCAACCGAGGGACCAGUGGUUGUAGGAUGCAAAGAGACUCCGCUACAUUUAAGGCCACCUCAGAGGCCCCCCCGCUCCACACAGCGGCCCAUGUCUGCUAUGUCUCCAUUCUCCAUCACUCCCAGGCGGCAGAGCUGCAAAUCCAACCUUAAGCCGCAUCAGGAGGAGAUUGUGCAAAAACUAUUUGAUGAUAAAGAGGAAAAGCAGUGCACACAUAUGGCUGAUAAAUAUCCUGAGGCACGAGCAAAGCCAUCCCAAACUCAAACCACAACUGCUAAAACGCACUAUGAAGUCAUGGUAGAAGCGAGCAGGGUCAGCACCGACGAGGACGAGGAGGAGCUUGUUCGACCAUUCUUCCAUGCACCGCAGAGAGAGUCCGUCAUUUUUUUCUCAGCUGGCAAAACAUUGCUAAGAGCUCCACGUUUUGAGAAGCAGGAGAGCUUGAUACGUCACGAGGAGCAUGGCCUGGUGCUGCCCGUACAUGAAGAGACAAGGCCUGUGUCAACCUGGCAGAUCAACCCUGCGCAAAGUCUGCACAAAGACUUUGUUGCCCAGAAGACUUCUUCUCCGAGUCCAGCAGUGGCGCUGCUGCGUAAACGUCUUCCUGCUCUAGAGGAGCUUCGUAUGGACGAGGAGGUGGCCUCCUACUCGUCUGUCCAUAAUGCUCCCGGCUUGCACCGCGCCCGGCCCCGCUGUGGGAACCCGCUGGCCUACACACUGCACUUGGAACACUCCUUUACAUUUGUUCCAAUUGGCUUUGAUCUGUUGUCCGGCUGUUCUUCUCCAAACAGCUCUCCGCUGGAGGACAGAUGACUUUGCACUACAAGUACAGUAUUUGUGUUACUGGUAAUAUCCAGAGGGGAUCAGGUCACUCUGGAGUGUUGAUAAUACUUUUUAAAUGGAACUGAUUUUGUUUGUCCCAACACUGUUGUUGUAAGCCUGAAAGUCCCCAAAAAAGUCCAAAGAAGGGUGCAAGUUGAAUUGUGUUAGAAACCUUUAGUUUUUUUAAUCUUUAUGACUGAGCUCGGUAAAUGCUUUCCUAAAAAUAAUAAUAAGUUAAAUGAUGCAUAUUUUACACUGCAGGCACUCUCAAAUAUUUCAAAAGGUAAAUAAAGACAUAAUCAGUGUUAGUGUUUUUGUAUACAGAUAGAUUAGGAUGGCUCAGAGCAUCUCACCAGACGUAUUUGUGUUUCUUUAUGUACAGUGUUUAUAAUAAAUGUAUAUGUUACACUCUGA